CGUGAUUUAAAAACCCAGAGCCAAACCAAAAUAAUCCAGUACCGCCCGAACGCCAUGUCUUACGUCAGCAUGAAACGCACUAACCCUUACAGCGACGAGAACGAUUAUCACAGUGUGCCUUCCAAUCCCCGUAAAAGUCAUAGAAGGCAGAGGACCUUUUUCUCGAAAGAACAAACUGUCAUCCUAGAGGGGGCGUUUCAGUACGAGCGAUUUCCUGGCAUCCAGAUCCGGGAGAAACUUGCGCGGGAACUUGACAUCGACGAGUCGAGAAUCCAGGUUUGGUUUCAAAAUCGUCGUUCUCGUCAAAACAGACAAAAAAGGAAUACAGAAGUUCGAUCAGUACAAUCAUCCGUCGUAUCUUCAGCAUCGAUCCGUCCCAUCCACAAAUCAUCCGAGUCGAGUCAUGUCCCUCCAGCUCCUCUGCUUACUUACAGCAACACUAAGCCGCUAUCACACGUUGACUGUACUGCGCCUGCGCCAGUCUUACCGUCAUACCUCACAAGCUCAAGACUCGCCACAGGCAUCCCGAGUCCGUGGAUGUGCGCACCUUCCAGUCAAACUCGCACGGCUGACGAGUUAGCCGCCGCCAUAGGACUGAUGGGCGUGUAUGGAUCAAUACAUCGUGAUUUAAAAACCCAGAGCCAAACCAAAAUAACCCAGUACCGCCCGAACGCCAUGUCUUACGUCAGCAUGAAACGCACCAACCCUUACAGCGACGAGAACGAUUAUCACAGUGUGCCUUCCAAUCCCCGUAAAAGUCAUAGAAGGCAGAAUACCUUUUUCUCGAAAGAACAAACUGUCAUUCUAGAGAGGGCGUUUCAGUACGAGCGAUUUCCUGGCAUCCAGAUCCGGGAGAAACUUGCGCGGAAACUUGACAUCGACGAGUCGAGAAUCCAGGUUUGGUUUCAAAAUCGUCGUUCUCGUCAAAACAGACAAAAAAGGAAGACAGAAGUUCGAUCAGUACAAUCAUCUGUCGCAUCUUCAGCAUCGAUCCGUCCCAUCCACAAAUCAUCCGAGUCGAGUCAUGUCCAUCCAGCUCCUCUGCUUACUUACAGCAACACUAAGCCGCUAUCACACGUGGACUGUACUGCGCCCGCGCCAGUCUUCCCGUCAUACCUCACAAGCUCAAGACUCGCCACAGGCAUCCCGAGUCCGUGGAUGUGGGCACCUUCCAGUCAAACUCACACGGCUAACGAGUUAGCCGCCGCCAUAGGACUGAUGGGCGUAUUUGGAUCAAUACCUUACAGAUUCGACUAACAUCUUUAACAUAUAUUUAU